AUGCAUAGAACCUACUCGUUGAGAUCGCUGAGAGCCCCGACGGCCUCGCAAAUGCAGUCGCCGCCCCCUCCCCCUUCGUCGACGAAGAACCGGUGGUUCGGCGGUGGCUCGUUGGCCAACUCGUUCCGCAGACAAACCGCCGGUGCCAUGGGCCCCGAAUUGCUGAGAAAGUUGGCGGCGUUGAUCAAGAUGGAAAAGAACUUGAUGAGAUCGAUCGAGCUCACCUCGAGAGAAAGAAAGGAAGUGGCCAAGCAAUUGUCGUUGUGGGGUGAAGGCAACGACGACGACAUUUCCGACAUCACCGACAAGUUGGGUGUCCUUCUCUACGAAGCCGGCGAAUUGGAAGACCAAUUCAUCGACAGAUACGACUUGUACCGUAUCACCAUGAAGUCGAUCCGUGACAUUGAAGCCUCGGUGCAACCCUCGAGAGACAGAAAGCAAAAGAUCACCGACCAAAUUGCUUACUUGAAGUACAAGGACCCCCAAUCGCCCAAGAUCAACGUGUUGGAACAAGAAUUGGUCAGAGCCGAAGCCGAGUCGUUGGUGGCGGAAGCGCAAUUGCUGAACAUCACCAGAGAAAAGCUCAAGGUCGCCUACAACUACCAGUUCGACUCGUUGAGAGAACACUCGGAAAAGAUUGCCCUUAUUGCUGGUUACGGUAAGGCUCUCCUUGAAUUGUUGGACGAAACUCCCGUCACUCCCGGUGAAACGAGACCCGCCUACGACGGCUACGACGCCUCGAAGCAAAUCAUCAUCGACGCCGAAAACGCCUUGGCCUCGUGGACCUUCGACUCCGCCGCCGUCAGACCCACUUUGUCGAUGGCCGCCCACGACGACGACGAAUACGACGUCCACGACCUCGCCGAAGAGACGGAAAACUUGCACACCACCGAAAAGGAAUGGGAUAAUGAAAACGGCAACGCGGUUGCCGCCUAA